CUCUCGCUUCCAUCUUGCUCUCCGCGUGUGUUUGCUGCUAGCGUGCAGGUCAGUGUGGAGCUCUAAAAUACUUUAUUUCCUGCACAACCACUCCUGGUUCCGAGGUGCAAGAUGCGAGAAACGAUAAUGAAUCAAGAAAAAUUAGCCAAGUUGCAGGCGCAAGUCCGCAUUGGAGGAAAGGGCACUGCCCGCAGAAAGAAGAAGGUGGUUCACAGAACAGCAACUGCAGAUGAUAAAAAGCUUCAGUUCUCACUGAAGAAGUUAGGUGUAAACAACAUCUCUGGUAUUGAGGAGGUGAACAUGUUCACAAACCAGGGCACAGUGAUCCACUUCAACAAUCCCAAAGUGCAAGCCUCAUUGGCAGCCAACACCUUCACCAUCACAGGCCACGCAGAGACCAAACAGCUGACGGAGAUGCUGCCCUCUAUUCUUAACCAGCUGGGCGCUGACAGCCUGACCAGCUUGCGCAGACUUGCAGAGUCCCUACCCAAACAAGUUGGUGAUGGAAAGGCACCCGUAGCUGGUGGAGAGGAAGAUGAUGAUGAAGUUCCAGAUCUUGUGGAGAACUUCGACGAGGCUUCAAAGAAUGAGGCCAAUUAACUUCAUGGGAAGGAAAGGCGUUUGAAAUCUCCGGUCUCAGCAGAGACAUGCGGGACUUUUUCCAUUUCUUUUAUAAAUAUAUUGCAUCCCUGAAUCUUUUUUUCGUUCACUGCUGUGACCCCCUCGUGUCGAGGCUGAGAGUGUGAGAUUGUUUGUACCAUACAAGUUCAUGCACAGUGUAAUGAGUGUGUGUUUGCUUGUGCGGUCCAAGAGGCAUCGUUGCCUCCACCUUCCCUGUUACGGAGGCUUGGUUGUUGGCAGCCCAUUGAAUCAACAUCUGGAAAUAAACAUUUGCUAUUGACAAAAAGCUUAUUAAAUA